UGUCCUUAACCAGUUCCCUAGAAGCACUGAUCCUAGAGUUGGGGAGAGAGCCUAGAGGCCUCUGGCACAACUCUGAUUUCACUGAUGGAAAUCGAACGCCAAGAUAAUAGCAGCAAGGGGGUCUGUCUCACAAUCGCUGUCUGUAGAGGGUUUGCCUUGCUCUGGGCCAAAUGCUUUAACACGAUAUGCCUCUUACUCCUCACAGCAAGUAAGAGUCCUACUCUCGUUAUCCCGUUUUCAGAUGAGAAAACUGAGGCUUAAAGAGUUAUAAAAUUGUCCACCUUUACCGGAUGAGUUGGUGAUGGAGCCAGGAUUUGAACCCAAGGGCUUGCUGUGCCCCCGAGUCUCUUGCUCUUCACCCCUAGUCUCCGAAGGUCAGCCUGCCUACUGCCCUGCUCUUCUGGGCUCCUGACUCUGGUCCCGUCCUGCACUUCCCACUUCCAAAAGAUGCCUCAGUGUUUUCAUUAACCUGGCACGGCGGAGGGAGGGAGGCCUCCUCUCACACCAGAAUCAGUGCCCAAGCCAGGGCCAGCACUUUCUUAAAACACAGUAAGGACAGCUUCAGGAGCCCCAUUUCACAUAGGAAUUAAAUAAGGUCGCACAGCAAAUAAGGGCUGGGCUUCUGGAAUUUGAACCCAAGCAGGUUAGACUCCAAAGUUAUGCUGUGCACUCACAGAGGAGCCCCUCACUGGCUUUGCUGUAGUUUAACUGCCCACAGUACUAAGGUGUCAAUCAGGAUUUGUUGCCAGAAACCAUUUUUUUUUUAAAGUUAGAAGUGAAUUGGUGAAGUAACAGGUAAAUGUAAACCGUCCUGCCUUCUGUUCCUCUGUGUGGUUCCUUAGCUACUGCUGCCAGGACAGCAGGUUAGGGGAGAAGACAGGAAGGGAGAGGGUCAGAGGAGAAAGAGGAAGCGAGAGAAGAGGAGAGAUGAAAUUCAUUAAACUUAGGUUAAAAAAAUGCUGGCCGGAAAUUGUCAUGGGCUGUUUCAGCACUUUGUCAGUGUAUGUGAAGGCUGUUGUCAUUAGUUCUAGCCAUAAUUCUCUCAGUGUGUAGUGCUGGUGAUUUGACAAUAAAAAGUUUGAUGCUACAGAUUAAAGUGUCUAUCUGAAACUCAGGAGAUGAGGCUGUAUUUCCACCAUGAAGCUCCAGUGGGUAGCCUGGAGGUCGAGAACAGAAUCAAGGUCCAGGGUCGCCUUGGGUCAGGACCAAGUGGACCACAACAGAUAACAAAAAACAUGAACGAAACUUGGGUGUGUGUCAGAGUUCAGAUUCUGGAAGUGCAAAGCCUCAAAGGGGAGACCCUAACUAGGGGAUCUGCCAGAAAGCCCUCUGCCCUGGGCCCCUGGGGUCUGGGGCCUGGUUUCAGGUGUCAGCUCAGACUCUCUCCUCAUUCAUGGCCACUCCUGCAGGGAGGCCUCACAUUCCCAUCUCUGGGGCUCCACUGUCUCUCCAGAGCCCCCGACUCCCAGUGUCAAUAAGAAUAGUAAUGGGAGCCUCUUUUCAUUAUGAGUGAGCCCCAUACAAGGUCCAUCUUACAGGUCUCCUCAUUCGUCUUCACAGAAGGCAUCGAGGAUUGUAGUUAUUUAAUUGAUGAGGAGCCCAAGGUUCAGAGAGGGAACUGGACUUGCUUAAGGUAACACAGCCAGGCAGUCACAGAGCAGAGCUUUGAACCCAGAGCCUUGCAAAGGCUAGGUGGUUAUUCUCUCAUAGAGUAUGUUUGGGGAAAUUGUUUUAAAAUAAAGAAAAUCAAAUAAGAAGUGGCUGCACUUCCUAAAGCUUCAACAGUUUUCUUAUUUUUGUUAAAGAGAAACUUGUAGUUCCCGGGGUCUCCUUUUCUGGCUGUCCCACCUUCUUCCCUAGGAUAUACUGUUGAGGAAGAGGCCUGGAACCCCCUCCCUUUGUCCUGCCUGACCUUGGGAAGCAGAGGUGGGGUGUCAUUGAGCCCCAUAGCUGCAGUGCUGGGAAGAGCCCUGAAGACUCUCUAUCAGCUGCCACAACAGCUCUGGCUAAACUGAGGCCCAAGAGACGGCGCAACAUGCUAGGAUCACAGGCCAAGUUAAUGCCACAGCAAAACUCACAUCAAGUAACUCCUAGGUCUGCAGACAAGAGGAAGAGAAGAUGAAGGAAGACUGUCUGCCGAGUUCUCACGUGCCCAUCAGUGACAGCAAGUCCAUUCAGAAGUCAGAGCUCUUAGGCCUGCUGAAAACCUACAACUGCUACCAUGAGGGCAAGAGCUUCCAGCUGAGACACCGCGAGGAAGAAGGGACUCUGAUCAUCGAGGGGCUCCUCAACAUUGCCUGGGGGCUGAGGCGGCCCAUCCGGCUGCAGAUGCAGGAUGACCGGGAGCAGGUGCACCUCCCCUCCACCUCAUGGAUGCCCGGACGGCCCAGCUGCCCUCCGGGCUGCUGGUCUCUUCGCCUUGGCGUGAGCUCCCUUUCUCUGCCAGCAGCCAUCUCAGCACUGCAGUUGUCUCUUUUCAGAAAGGAGCCAUCGCCCCAGGACGGGAACAUGACAGCCCAGGGGCCAAGCAUUCAGCCAGUGCACAAGGCUGAGAGUUCCACAGACAGCUCGGGGCCCCUGGAGGAGGCAGAGGAGGCCCCCCAGCUGAUGCGGACCAAGAGCGAUGCCAGUUGCAUGAGCCAGAGGAGGCCCAAGUGCCGCGCCCCCGGUGAGGCCCAGCGCAUCCGGCGACACCGGUUCUCUAUCAACGGCCACUUCUACAAUCAUAAGACCUCUGUGUUUACUCCGGCCUAUGGAUCCGUGACCAAUGUGAGGGUCAACAGCACCAUGACAACCCUGCAGGUGCUCACCCUGCUGCUGAACAAAUUUAGGGUGGAAGAUGGCCCCAGUGAGUUCGCACUCUACAUCGUUCACGAGUCUGGGGAGCGGACAAAAUUAAAAGACUGUGAGUACCCGCUGAUUUCCAGAAUCCUGCAUGGGCCAUGUGAGAAGAUCGCCAGGAUGUUCCUGAUGGAAGCUGACUUGGGUGUGGAAGUCCCCCAUGACGUCGCUCAGUACAUUAAGUUUGAAAUGCCGGUGCUGGACAGUUUUGUUGAAAAAUUAAAAGAAGAGGAAGAAAGAGAAAUAAUCAAACUGACCAUGAAGUUCCAAGCCCUGCGUCUGACGAUGCUGCAGCGCCUGGAGCAGCUGGUGGAGGCCAAGUAACUGGCCAACACCUGCCUCUUCCAAAGUCCCCAGCAGUGGCAGGUGCACACUGAGCCCUGGUGGCUGGCCCCGGCCGGUCACAGUGACUGAUGGCCAACGCCUGACAAAUCGAGUGCCUGUGCAUCUACCGGUCUGAAGCCUGAGCACCAUGAUUCCCACAACCAGCUCUUGGCUCCAAGAUAAGCACCAAGGAAGCCGACCCAGGCCUGAGGGACCAGGAACUUGCUGGGUCAGAUCUGUGUGGCCUGCCCUGUCCACACCAUGCCUCUCCUGCACUGGAGAGCUGUGCUGGCCCAGCCCCUGUGGCUUAGGCUUCAUCUGCUUCCUCAGUGCCUGUUCUGGAGCCCGUGUGGGUCCACAAGCCUCUGUCCUCUUCCUUCAUAUGAGAUUCUUGUCUGCCCUCAUAUCAUGCUGCCCCGCAGGAAUGCUGCUGGGAAAAGCAGGGCCUGCCAGCAGGUAUGAGAUCUAGCCUGCUUUCAGCCAUCACCUUGCCACAGUGUCCCCGGCUUCUAAGCCUCCAGUGUUACCCUGUGAGCCUCACACAUGUCAGCCCCAGCACAGAGGUGAGACCAGGAAUAAGGCCACAAGUAUCUCACUUUCUCUGCAGAAAUCAGUCUUUACUUUAUCAGAGAGACCUAAAGCGAUUCUUACAAGGAGCUUGCUGCAAGAAACACGGUCGAUCACAUUGAGGAGGGUCCACAUGGCAUUGAGAGGGUGCGGCCCUCUCAAUGCCCAGCAGCAGCUCCGGAAGGCAGUGCUCAGCCCCAUCACCACUGUCCCGUGGAUGCCUGUGUACCUCUUGCCUUUUCUGAGCUUGCGUUUCUCUCCUCUAGUGGGUGGGGAUGACUUUCAGUGACUUUCAAUGCUUCCCCUGAAGGAAGAAUGAUAAGGAGAAAUGUCUGUUUUGAGGAAAGGGCUUUGAAUUCCCCAGAUACUGAACAAUUUGUGUUUGUGACUGAUGGAGAAUUUCAGGAAUGAAUGAGAAAGCCUUUGCGAAACUAUGCAACAGUUUACAUCAGUCAUAUGAAGUAUUUGUCUACAAACAGAGCAAACUGAAGACCAAAUUAUUCUCCUGUUGAGGUCCGUGGAUGGCAGAUUUAAAGGGAAGAACCACAAAGGCUUGCAAAGAUAGGAGAGGCUCCAUCUCUAAUGCAUGUAUAAGCUUCUUAUAGGUGCCCAUCAAGAGAAUAGCUUGGAAGCCACCAUGCUGGGCGGAACUGCUCGUCAGGGCAAAUGUCACAGCAGGAUUUCCCCAACCCAGCUCCAUCAUCACAGACACAGAGAGCUGCAGGGGAGGCCUGCCCACUGUUUUGUCGACUCUGCCCUCCUCUGACAGCAUAGAUCCUUAGGUGCUCAAUAAAGGUGUGCUGUAUUGAACU